AUCACUACAAGACAUUUAUGGAGAAUUGUUCAGAAGUGAAGGAGUUCAUCCUUGUGGGAUUAACAGAUAACCUGAAGCUUCAGGUCCCCCUCUUUAUAAUAUUCACUAUCAUCUACCUCAUCACUGUGGUAGGGAACCUGGGAUUGGUAAUUCUGAUAUUGGGGGACUCCCGUCUUCACACACCCAUGUACUUUUUCCUCAGUAACCUCUCUCUGGUAGAUUUGGGUUACUCUUCAACCAUUACUCCUAAAGUGAUGGCUGGUUUCCUUCCAGGGGACAAAACCAUCUCCUAUAGUGAAUGUGCUGCACAGAUGUAUUUCUUUGUGUACUUUGCCACAGUUGACACUUAUCUCCUGGUUGCUAUGGCCUAUGAUCGCCAGGUAGCUGUGUGUAAACCUCUCCAUUACACCACCAUUAUGACACCCAAUGUAUGUCUUAUUUUGGCCAUUGGUUCAUAUAUCUCUGGUUUUAUUUUUGCCUCCAUUCACACAGGAAACACCUUUACCCUCCACUUUUGCAAUUCCAAUAUUAUCCACCACUUUUUCUGUGAUAUUCCAGCCCUUUUGGUUCUCUCCCGCUCUGUCUCCUAUGUCCAUGAAGUAGUCGUCUUCUCUGCUGUAGGAUUCAAUGUAUUCUUUACCCUUUUUUUCAUUCUGAAAUCCUACUUUUUCAUUUUCAUUGCUAUUUUGAGGAUGCGUUCAGCUGAGGGCCGCCAGAAAGCAUUCUCCACCUGUGCUUCCCAUUUCACAGCUGUGUCCAUAUUCUAUGGGACAGUGAUCUUCAUGUACUUACAACCCAGCUCUAGGCAUUCCAUGGAUAUAGACAAAAUGGCUUCAGUGUUCUACACUAUGGUCAUCCCCAUGUUGAAUCCUAUGGUCUAUAGUCUGAGGAAUAAGGAAGUCAACAAUGCUUUUAGGAAAAUCAUGGAGAAGACAAAAUCUUCAUUAGGCAUCUCCUUUUAGUUAAGAUGAAAAGUAUUCAAGAUUUCUCUUCUUCAUUAUGAUCUUUAAAGUACCUCUUCUCCUGGGUUGACAAACUCUUUGAUUAUCCAUGGAUCAUAAGCCAUAAAUUCUCCUUCUAUUCUGAAUUUUGAAAACAUCUCCCCUCAUUGGCUUCCAGUAUCUGAUUCUAUGACCUAUGAUAUUUUUUUUUAGAAAUUUGGGGAAUCUGGUUAGUGUAAAACAUAAGAUUUCUCAAAUUUCUAAAAAUAAACAUGGAACUUACUUGAGCAUACUUUUGAAUUUAAGAGUAAUUCAUUUUUUCACAAAAACUUCAAUAAACUUCCUAAAUCACAGAAAAUUAUGCUUGUUGUACACAUAAGCCCUUAUAGAGCCACCAUUUACUCUCCAUUUGAAUCUGGGUAAGCUAUUGUUAAUUGAUAUGGGUAGGA